AUGUCUACAGAUUUCCUUCCAUAUUCUGUUCUUUCGGGAACAUUCGCAGCAUUAGCAUCUGUCUCCGCGAAGUUGUUUAGCGACGCCCGCACGUUCUCGUUCACCAUAUACGUCUGCGAAGUAGUGUAUGGAUCUGGAUGUGAAGACUUGAUCUAUCCAAUCCGUGCUCUCUGCUUCGGUCUUAUGUUCCUGUUUAAUGCGGCCAUGUGGACUUUCUAUACUAAAGCGCUGAAUAAGUCUUCUAGCAUUAAAGUAACAGUGGUCAACAGCGCAACUAACUUUUGUAUGACGGCGAUACUUGGACAUCUGCUGUUUAAUGAAGCACUUUAUCUCCAGUGGUGGUUCGGUGCUACACUCAUCAUCACCGGAACUGUUAUUAUAAGUCGCAAAAAUAAGGAGAAGGUCGAAUGA